GGAGCAGACCGCCGCCCCGCAGCCGGAGAGCGCAUUCCGCUAUCUACAUCCGUCAGUAGAGGGCGCUGCGGAGGCAGGUGAACAUGCCUGUGUAUUCCGGGAGGCGGAUCGGCCUGCAGAGGGCGCUGCGGUGACAGGUUCGCGGAUGGUCUGCAUGUUUUCUCAUUUCGCUUUUGUUGGGCAGACACCAGCCAUUGCAUGAGGAUCCUGCACGAGGUCUUCAGACAAGACAAUAAGUGCCCGUCAUGAUGCCGCUGAGAGCCUUGUAUUGCUUCCUCCUCCUUGGCGCUGUUGCAGUCUUCUGUAGAGAAAACAAAGGUCAUGUCUCCGUUGUACUUCUUGGCGCUACCGGCGACUUGGCCAAGAAAUACCUGUGGCAGGGUCUGUUCCAUCUGUAUCUAAAUGAGGUGGAUAGUGGCCAUAGCUUUAGCUUUCACGGAGCUGCUCUGACUCCUCCAGAAAAGGCUGAGACAUUACUAUUCAAUGCACUAAAGUCCCUGAGCUGUCCCGCAGACGUUAACCCAGAUAGAUGUGCUCUUGUCAAAGACCAGUUUUUGAAACUGACCCGUUACAGGCAGCUGAAGACUGCCGAAAAUUUUACUGCAUUGCACCAGGACAUAUUGACUUCCCUGGCAGAAGAGGGACUUCAUGAGGCCGGCAGGUUAUUCUAUUUGUCAGUGCCGCCUUUUGCAUACGCUGAUAUUGCACAGAACAUCAAUGGCAGCUGCCGGCCGCCUCCUGGAGCAUGGCUGCGCGUGGUGCUGGAGAAGCCUUUCGGUCACGACUACGACUCUGCAGAGAAGCUGUCCAAUGUUAUGCAGACAUUCUUCCAUGAAGAAGAGAUCUACAGGGUUGACCAUUACCUAGGAAAACAGACUGUCGAACAGAUUCUUCCUUUCCGGCGUAGGCACCAAAAGCACCUUGAUCCAAUAUGGAACAGACACCAUGUGGAGAGAGUGGAGAUUGUAAUGAAGGAAACAGUUGAUGCAAAAGGCAGAACCAGCUUUUAUGAAGAAUAUGGUGUUAUUCGGGACGUUAUCCAGAACCACUUGACCGAAGUCUUGACCUAUGUCGCCAUGGAAGUUCCCCGCAACCUCAGUAACUCAGAUGAUGUCCUAAGAGCAAAGUUAGAAUUGCUGGCUUCACUUCAGCCUCCAGAGCACAACAGCGCCGUCAUCGGUCAGUAUCAGAACUACCUGCCGCAGGUGCGAGAGGAGAUGGAGAAAAAAGAAAAUUACUUCACCAACACACAGACAUUUGCAGGUGUCCUUAUUUAUAUUGACAAUGCUCGAUGGGAAGGAGUGCCCUUUCUCCUGGUAUCUGGAAAGGACUUGGAUGAGCGGACAUCUUACGUCCGAGUGGUCUUUAAAGAUAAUGCUUUUUGUGUCCAAAAAGAAUCAAAGGAGGAUCCUGUAAAAAGUUCAUGUCAACCCAAACAGAUCAUCUUCCACAUUGGAAAUGGGGCCCUGAAUUUUCCAGCUAUUCUAGUAACUAGGAGCCUUUUCAAGCCAAACCUUCCCCUCAGCCAAUGGAAAGAAGCAUCAGAAGUCUCAAACAUCUCUUUUUUUGGUCAGCCUAUUUCUGAAUAUUAUGUGCAGCGUCCAAGUCAAGAAAGAGAUGCUUAUACCGUGCUGAUAUCAAAUAUCUAUCGUGGAAGAAAGAGCUCCUUCAUCACAACAAAGAACCUGCUAUUUUCUUGGAGGUUCUGGACUCAACUUCUGGAGAGUCUGGAUAACCAGAUUCCUAGGAUCUACCCAGGAGGAGCAGAAACUGGGAGCUUGUUAGACUUUGUAAUAGAACAGAAAGUUCUACGUUAUGUUACAAAUGAAGACGUAGAAGUUAUCGGUAUGAACCAUAAAACAAACACCUUUGCUUCUGCCCAGUCCAUCUUCCUUGGAAACACCAUGGUGUCUAACUGGGCAGAGCCGCUUAUACAAAAAUUAGCACAAGACAUACAGACAGCUGCUGAAGAGGCCAUCAAGAGCAGAGGAACUUUCCACUUGGCUCUCUCUGGUGGCUCCAGUCCUAUUGCUUUGUUUCAGAGGUUGUCAAAGCACCACUAUGGCUUCCCUUGGAAAUAUACUCAUUUGUGGCUAGUUGACGAGAGAUGUGUGCCAUUCACAGACACAGACUCUAACUUUGGAAAUCUUGAGAGGCAUCUACUGCGGCACGUGAGGGUUCCCUACGUAAAUAUACACCCUAUGCCGGUGCACAGGAACCAGAGACUGUGUUCUGAGGAGAACAAUGGUACAGAGGAGUAUGCACAAGAGAUCUCUUCCCUUGUGAGCAAUUCAAGCUUCGACCUGGUGCUCUUGGGCUUGGGUAGUGAUGGCCACACAGCCUCCAUUUUUCCUGGUUCCAAAGAUGGCAUCACGGGAGAUAAACUUGUGGUAUUCUCAGAAAGUCCACUAAAGCCUAUAAACAGGAUGAGCCUUACCCUCCCACUCAUCAAUAAUGCACAGAAAGUAGCUGUUCUUAUAUUGGGCAAAGGAAAGCACGAUAUUAUAACAUUGAUCAGCCGAGCAAAAAGUAACCCAGAGAAAUGGCCAAUCUUUGGAGUAAAACCCACUUCUGGCCAGUUGGUCUGGUACGUUGAUUAUGAUGCCAUGUUUAGAUAAAAUGCCUCGACAUUCUCAUCCUCAAGUGCCUUGUAUUUGGACCUGUUCACACUUUGUAGUGACAGGCUUACCUUCUGCUACUGUAUCCUACCAUUAGGGAUUAAUGUGUUUUUGAAUCUCUAUUUACUCACAUUAUUGAACACCAAAGUUUUUUUGAUAGUUUUUUAACAUUUCUACAUAUAGUAUCCCUGGAACUAAUGUGACUACUUUUUUUUUAUUUUUUAUAAACCUUCAGUGACUUUUAUGGGUACCUCACUGGGGUUUAUGUAUGCAGUUUAGUGGUGGGGUUUUGGUUUUUGGAGUAGUGGUUCCAGAGGUUUGUAAAUACUAGAGCAGAUUUAGUAAUCUGUAUCGCAGGCAUGCAGAGAUGCACCGUUUUUUUCUAAUUCUAAGUUAGAACUAGGCUCCAGAUUUGCCCAAAACAAAAUUUUGCCAUAAAUGUGCAAAAUGCUGCCAAAUUGUGGCACAAUUUUGACAAGGUCUUCCUAAACGGGUUGUCUGGCCUCAAACACAGUAGUCAUAACUUGUGCCCAAUUUAGGAAAAAAAAAUCUGUCUGCAGUCCUGUUUCCACCUCUCCGUUCCGUUCACCGAAGGUAGCCAGAUCCGGUGGCCACUGCGGUAAGUGACUGACUAGAACACGAUGUCACUGUUAGUGAUGUGCUAUAGACAUGUUGUUCUGUCACAUGCGACUACAGAGGCCAGUUACUGGCCUCAGCAGUCACCGGUCCAAGUCACUUCUCGUCUGCCUGGGACUGGAAGCUGGGAAUGGGGCAGCAGACAGGUGAGCCGUUUUUAAUUGGGCACAGGUUAUGACUAUUGGGGUUGUCUCCUAGGUCGGACAACUCCUUUACUUAGUAAUGCACCCAGAGCGAGUUACAUGCCAAAGCUCUUGCACACUUAGGUCUCAAAAUUACUGAAGUGUAUACUAUGCCUAAUGGAUGUAAUUUUUCUACUGACCCAUGGAAAACCACCGAUGUGUGAACAAACACAUUAAACACGUAGAGAAUGUGGAUAGCACACAUCCGUAAAAGUUUGAAAUGUGAAUGAGCCCUUAUUUUUUGUAACAUGUACUCCAAAUAGUUAAAGCGUACCAUUUUUGUUUCAGGUGACUUUUCAGAGCAAGUUGUUGUGUGCGUGUGUACAUGAGGAAUACCAUUAUAUCGGGUCAUUACAUGACUUGUAUAUGACAUUUAUCACCAUCUUUCCCCUCUUCAGACUAUCAUUAAUUGUCAGUUUUCUAGUGGUUGGAGACAGAAACGAGCUCCAAAAUACUAGGUAGAAUUUCCUCAAAUAUGUAAGAGUCCAUUUAGACAAGCUGAUGCACAGGGCAAUGACCGGGAAUAAACCAUUCCUUCCCCAUCAUUGCCUUGUCAUUCAGCUUCAUUUACAUGCAGCAGUCAUCGCCUCUGUAUGGGGAUGAACGAUCGCCACUACUUUGUUAUCUCCAUACAGAUUCAUUGUUUGCCUGCCGCAUAUCUGAAAUGAUCGUUCACCUGCAGAGUUGUUGAACGCAGUAAUUUUUUUAAUUGGCUGAAGAAUGUGAUGUGACCUACAUUUUUUCAGUUGUAACUCACAGAAUAUUCCAGAUAACUUUGUUUAAAUAAAAAAUGUAAUAGUUAAUGUGACACGUUACCCACUGAAAUCAAUGGGCCAUUCGUUGACACCCUAUUAAAGUAUUUGGGAAGACCUUCUCCAAGGAUGUCUAAAGACUUCUUCAAGGGAAAACCCCAUAGAGGAAAGUUCGUGGCAACUAGUGACCCCUCCAGACCCCCAAUAAUGAAUAUUUUAAAUGACUCUAUAAUGACAUGUCCAAAGUUUUACAAAACCAUACAGUGGAUAUAGAAAGUCUACACACCCUUGUUAAAAUACCAGGUAUUUGUCAUUUAAUAAAAUCAGACCAAGAAGAUUGUAUUUCAGAACUUUUUUAACCUUUAACUUCACCUAUAAUAUGUUCAAUUCAAUUGAAAAACAAACUGGACUAAAAUAAUGUGGUUGCAUAAAUAUUCACACCCUUUAACUAAUACUUUAUAUUUUAUGAUGGCACUCAGUCUUCUUGGUUAGGAGUCUAUCCGCAUGGUACAUCUUGACUUGGUACAUCUUUGCCCACUCUUCCUUGCAAAAUUGCUCCAAAUCGGUCCGAUUUGCAAGGGCAGCCAUCUCCCGUAUACAGCCCUCUUCAGGUCAGCCAACAGAUGUUCAAUUGGAUUCAGGUCUAGGCUCUGGCUUGGCUAUUCCAAAACUUUGAUCUUCUGACAGCCAUUCUUUUGUUGAUGUGGACAUAUGCUUUGGAUCGUUGUCCUGCUCAAUGGUAAAAUUCAUCUUCAGCUGUUUAGCAGAAGCCUGAAGGUUUUGUUCCAAAAUCAACUGAUAUUUGGAACUGUUGAGAAUUCCCUCCACCUUGACUAAAGCCCCAGUUCCAGCUGCAGAAAAACGUCCCCAAAGUAUAAUGCUGCCUCCACCAUGCUUCUGUGUGGGUAUGGUCUUCUUUUGGUGAUGCGCAGUGUUGGCUUUGCGCCAAACAUACCUUUUGGAAUUAUAGCCAAAAAGUUCAAGAUCAUAACAUGUCUUCCCACAUGCUUUUGACUGAAUGAUGCACCUUUUGGCAAAAAAUUGUCAGACUUGGAUUUAUUUUUUGUUUAUAAGAAAAGGCUUCCAUCUUGCCAACCGACCAGCCUAGACAUAUGAAGAGUACGAAAGAUUGUUGUCCAGCUCCUUUAAUGUUGCUGUAGGCCUCUUGGAAGCUUCCCAGACCAAUUUUCUUCUGGUCUUUUUAUAGAUUUUUGAGGGACAUCCUGUUCUUGGUAAUGUCACUGUUGUGUCAAAUUUUAUCCAGUUCUUGAUGGUCUUCACUGUGUACCAUGGUGUAUGUAAUGCCUUGGAAAAAAAUGUAUACCCUUCUCUUGACUGAUAUCUUUCAACAAUGAGAUCCCUAGAACAGCUUAACUUUAUAUAGGGUUAAUAAGAAUAACUUUAUAUGAUGGCAGCCGUGUACUUACUACUACUUAACAUGUGUUCAAAUGUAAUUGGCUAAAUCAGAACACAUCCACAUCCCCAGUUAGAAGAGGGUGCUCACACAUAUGCAACCACAUUAUUCUAGUUUUGUUAUUUUUAUUUACCCCUCUAAAUGAUUUCAGUUUGUUGCUCAGUGGAAUUGUACGGGUUAUGGGUCACAUUGAACGUAGAAAUAAAUCUUAAAUAUUUUGUCUUAGUCUGAAUUUUUAAUUAAUAUUUAUUUUUUAUUUUUUUUUUUUACCAUGACAAAAACUUGCCAUUUUAACAGGGGUGUGGAGACUUUUUAUGUCCACUGUAGCUAGACUUUAAAGGCGACUGGUUCGCACAACAGUUUACCAUGUAUGGGGAGCUCCCGACUAUUAUCCUUGCUCAGUCCCUUUGUUCUCCUGGGAGAUAAGCUGGCACCAGGAGUGUCUGUCAGGGACUUUCUCCCCUCUCACCAUUAAAUAAAUAGAUCUGUUCGGCCAGGUGUAUAUGUAUGAGGUAACUGUGAGGAAGACGGGAGAGAUUGCUGUCAGCCAAAUGAUCGUAUGGGUGCCUUCUUGCCUGUAUUUGAUUACAUAUAAUUAGCUGAAUGGCCUGUAACUUUUUGUUUCUUGUUCAUUUUGAUUUGGACCACUGAUGGUUACUGAAUGACUACUGACUCUUGGGUUUUUGAUGGCGUUAUCUAAACUGGCAAUGGGAUAAUCCAUGUAUCAAUAGCACAAUGAACUCAAUGAAGAAUAUUUAGCAAAACUGGUACAUGUUCUGGACAGUUCUCUAUAGUAACCAGUCAGAUAUUUGCUCCCGUGUUUCAGCGUUCACGUUGAAAAUGAAGAAGCAUUCCGAUUGGUUGCUCCACUAUUCAUUUCAGCAGUUUUGAUAAAUGUCCGCCAGUGUUCACCAGCUGAUGAUUAAUAUGUUGACCUCCUAGUCAGGGUUGCCAACCAGAAUUUUCCUUCUUUCUGGACAACUUAUCCCAAAAUCAUGGACAAAUUGGAAAACCAUAAUGCAUAAUAAAGAUCUACAGCUCAAUAUACUGAUGAGACCUCAUUACCGGCAUUUACUGUGAGCUGUAAAGUGAUGAUUAUUACCACCAAAUUAAUCUAGCCAAGUACCAUCAGCCUCAAAAAAAAAAUCAUGGACACUUCUAUGGUUUUUUUUUUUUUUUUUUUUCACAGAGACAGGAAAAAAAUUGCCUAUUUUGACGGACUGUCCAGGGAUUUCUGGACGGUUGGCAACCCUGCUCCUAGCUCACAUGUCACGGUCAAGUUGGGUUUUUGCAGCAACUUUACAAGAAUUGCACAAAAAACACAAUUUUAAUGUGAUUUGCGAACUCACCAUAUGCGGAUGACUACAUGUUUUAUCAGCAUUUCUGUCUUUUUCUGUGUAAAAAUGACAAAACAUGUUUUCCUAUUGCUUUAUAUGAAAUUGCAUUAAAUGUCCACUGCUCAAGUUCCGUGAAAUCGCUAUGUGUAACCAUUCGUAUUUGGAGAGGGUAAUACCAUUUGUAAUGUGUGUGUGUGUGUGUGUGAAUUUUGUACCAGAAUAAAAUUGGAGAACAAUUA